AUGGUAGAAAAUAUUGGCAUCAUUGAUACUCCGAAGAUUUAUCAACGCAACUCGGCUUCCAUUCCCCUAGCUUUGAAAGAGAAAGCGAAGAAUUUCUAUUGUCGUGAUGACAUUAGUUGCCAAGCGCCAGGGAAUCAUGAUUCAAUCACAGUAAAAGACGACGGAACAAUGCUAAAAGUCCAAAAACGCUCUCUUCUGUAUACACUGAACGAAGUCUAUCGACUAUCCCUCAACGAGAAUACCGACGAUCGGAUCAGUUGCUCCUCCUUCAAAGAAUUGCGACCACCUAAUGUUCUCUAUAAGUCAUUGACAUCACACAGUAUGUGCAUUUGCUUAUACCAUGAGAACGUUUUGUUACUCAUACAAGCGUUAAAUGCUCACAUCGAUGGUUUUGGCACCAUUGGAUUUAACACAUUUGUGAAGUUACUCGUCUGCAACGACAUGAAUGAAUCAUGUAUGUUUACCGAGUGUGAUCCGUGUCGUGAUCAAUUUCGAACUCGGGCCAUCGAUCAUACUGGUACUGUGAGAGAUUGUGUGAAGUAUCUGCACGAUCGCAUUGAGCAGUACCUAUUUCAUGUCUUCAUCAAAUGGCGACAAUCUGAAUAUUUCCAGAGCGCGCACUAG